AGGUCCGCCGCCGCCCCCGCCCCCAUCCAGCCGCCGCCGCCGCCGCCGCCGCCGCGAAGAAUGGAGCAGCUUUGGGGCACGCGGCGUUGCGUAGCUCCCACACAACUCACGUGGCAUAUAGAUUUAGUGUUGACCGAGGAGAUCGGGACUCUCUUCCACACCUACUCGUCCCCCGCCUGGAGCAUCCACCGGUUAGCCUUUGCAAAUCUUUGCAGACGGAGGCCGCAUGCCUCGGAUUCUUCGUCCCUGACCCCGAUUCUCCCUUCGUACGGGGUGUGGCCACCAGCCGGGCAUGGCCGGCACACCGCGCUGCCAUGCCCCUGACCCGGCAGCCGCCCUUCUCCCGGAUCACGGCUUGUUGAGGUAAAUAGUACGCAUGUCACCGUUUAAGAUUUGCAUAGUGAAAUGACGUGACGCUGUGAAAAUUGUUAAAUGAUAGUGCCCUGGCCCCGUGGAUCGCCAAUCAAGUGUUGGUUCAUGUCCAUUGGGCUAUAACCCAUAUUGACAGUUCAGACUUCAGACACACUUGUCAAAAGAAAUGCAGCCUUCACCAAGGCGUUAGUCAAUCGCGGAUUCACCGGACGCCUUGGGCAGGUUGGUGUUGCCCAGGCAGUGGCCUUCUACAACACCAGAAAAUUACCACAGUACUAGUGAGUAAUGAUCAGUGUACCUGCUUAAAGAUAGGAUGGCCUGUGCCAAGGUGCUUACUGGUGUUGGUUCUGACUAUUUUGGGCGUGCCUGUCAUUGUCUGGGUUUGUGGGCUUCCCAAACAUGUGUCCAACCAAAGCAUGUUGCUUAGCAACUACUCCUAUAAGUGCUGACAAUGACUAAAGCAAAAUUCCAAACAUGAUAACAAUAUAUACUGGAUCAGUUUUGCCACUGUAACUUCUACGUACAAGACGGAUCUAUGUUCUAAUAAAGUAAUAGUUCCAGUGUACCAAAACUCUUGUUACCUUGUUAACCCAGAAUCAAGUCAUCGACGAUACACGCUUGUUGGAACUUCCAAAGAGUAGUCUUCCGUAGUCUGAUCAGGUUGACUGCAAUAUUUGUCUAUUUCUGCCCAGUGGAUAUGAAGGUGCCAAAGGAAUAAAACGAAAAUUCCAACAGUAUUCCUUGGAUACGUCAAUAUGCCAAUACUUUGCCUUUACCAUGGAUCUUUCUAAAUUCAUUCGAACAAACACGGUAAAAACUUCUUAGCUUGUUGCUUUCGGUUCAAUUAUGUCUUAGACACGCAAUCCUAUGUAUGUGUUAGACACGCUAUCCUAUAAAUGUACCAGUGCCAACAACCAGAGAAGUUGAUCCAGCCAGGACACCCAAGCACUAGUUCCUACGUCCUGUACGAACACAGCAAUCCUUCCUCAAGAAGGCAGAAACGAUGCACGCUCCAUGCGCACACACUCAGGGCACGGUGGAUGACUUGGCACAACUUGGCCCGGCCUUGUACGAGUGCAUGGCGCAUGUGAUCGAAGGAUCUUUUGACAAGACUGACCGCAGCCUUAGGAAGAUCAGAAAGCUCGCCUCUCUAGUGGACGGGCCACUGCAGCGUAUGUCCAUGAUAAUCGCCGACAGCUUAGCCCGCCGCCUUCUAUGCCCCAUCCAGGGCUUUGCUGCUGCCCUCAUCGACCCGUCUCGCUACCUCGAGCAGUCCUGCCUCCGGGCUGCCCGCGAGAACUUUGCCAGCAUCAGCCCCUACCUCAGCACUGGCUUUGUCACUAUUAACCGGGCUAUGCUGGAACAAGUCCAGGAUCAAAAGGUUGUCCGAAUUGUUGACUUGUCUUGCUCAACCAGCCACCCGUGGCAGUGGCUCAAGAUUCUUCAUGAUUUCCAUGGCCGCCCUGGGGGCCCGCCCGAACUACGCCUAACUGUUGUCCAUGAAGACAUUGAGUUCCUGGACAACAUGCAGGCGCUCCUGUGCAAGCAAGCUGCUAACCUCAAGCUAUUCUUUCAUUUCGACAAGGUGAUUGGCAAACUCGAGACAUUGGACUUCAGCAAUCUCCGCGAGAUCCUGAAGAUAAACUUCGGUGAGGCAGUUGUGAUCAGCUGUGCUCUACAGAUGCAUCGCCUCCUUGCAGUUGAUGACAGUGUAACCCGCGACGGCAUUGCUCAGCUCCAGCAAAUGGCGAACAUGGCUCGGCUUAAGCAAAUGGCUUGCCCAGCACGCAGUCCGGCAUCUACACUGAACUAUCCACAGACACCAUCCCCUCAACGCCAGAUACCAAGAUUGCUGGUGAGCUUCCUCUCCGCCAUCCGCGCCCUUGAACCGAAGAUCAUUGUGAUGAUGGAGCAAGACGCGGACCACAACACCCCGCUGUUCCACGAUCGGUUCACCGAGACAGUCCACUACUACGCCGCCCUCUUCGACAGCCUCAAUGCGGUAGGUGCAGCCAACCCGCAGAGGGCACGCGUGGAGAGGGUGCUCCUUGGGGAGGAGAUCAAGAAUAUACUGGUAUGCGAGGGGGUCCAGCGGCAUGAGCGGCAUGAGAAGCUGAGCCAGUGGGAAAUGCACAUGCAGCGUUGCCAAGUUGACCAUGUGCCCCUCAGCUUUGAAGCCAUCAGGGAAGGCAAAGAGAGGCUGAUGAGCUACGGAUUGAGACAAUGCAAGUGUGACGAAGGCAAUGCCGACCUUCUGCUGUGCUGGGGUGCAACUCGUCUGUACUCCAUCUCAGCCUGGAGACCACACAGCCAGAACGCAGCACCAAAUAAUGUGGCUGGCUAGCUCAGUAGAUCUCCCAGUUCAUGGUGAUUUCUGGAGCUGCGGAGAAGACGCUGGUGCUAAGGGUAUGCUUGAAUGGCAACUCAAGUUGAUUGGUGCGAACCUUAGGUAUGUAGAGAUGAAAGUGAUGUGCUAUUUUCUGGAGAACUGGCACCAAACUGAAUUGAAUUGUCAGAGAUGCUGAUCCGUUCAUAGUACAUCCUUGGAUCCAUAUCCAUCUCAUCGUACUUUUACCCUGCCUUCACCAAAGUUAGAUUUUUCACUUAGGAUAUGGUUUAGGGUGUCUUUUUUCUAUGUUAUUGAUCAUCUUUUCGGUUGGCCAGCUGAAAGAGAGCAGAGUUGGUUUUGGAGUUGCAAAAGAAGUGUAGUAAGAUGGCAUACGUUCUUGUGAUUGCCUGCUUCGAUAUGCCAUAUGUUUUCCUUGAAUUAGGAAUAUACCCAGUGUGAUCCUCCUUGUCUUUUCCUGUAUAAUGUAUGUGUGCAAAUUUGUUGACCAGAAAUAAGCAUUGGAUGUAAAAGGAUGCAGUA